UAGUUAUUAUGACGUGGCCACAAAUGAGACUCACUUACAAGACAUGUGUACAAAUCUUGUCCUCAUUCAUGGAUCAUAUGAGCCGAAACAUUCCACUCACACUCUCAAGAACCCAAUCUUCACAUAUUCUUGUACUAUCAUCGUCUACAAAUCAAGAAUUCCAAAAAAUAAAGUUCAAUGGCAGAGGAGUUUCAUCUUCCUUCAAUCGAAAACGAAACCGAUCCGACCCCUACCGAAGAAGAUUUCGAAGCAAACACUACUUUCAUCGACGACGAGUACCUCCGUUACCUUCAUUACCUGGAUUCAAGAAACAACCAUGGAGUCAACACGUUUGGUUCUUACGAUGAAAUCUUCGGUCUAGUUCUCGGCAACUCAUCGACUUGUAUGCCGCAGCUUAACGCGGCCGAGGAGCUUCCGGUGGUGGAGUUUACGGCUGAGGAAAUGAUGGAGAGAGGUUUGGUGGUCUGUGCUAUAUGUAGAGAAGAGCUUGCUGCUAAUGAGAGACUCUCUGAGCUUCCUUGUCGGCAUUAUUACCAUAAAGAUUGUAUCUCAAGUUGGCUGAGUAAUCGGAACACGUGUCCGCUUUGUCGUCAUAAUGUAGAAUUGCCUAAAGAAGGUUGAGAUUGUGCAUGUACCAUCUCCAUUGGGAGCUUAAGAGUUUUAUUUUUUUUGGUAAAUAUUAUUGUGUUUUGUUGAAUAUGACGGUCAUAUUAUGACCGUAGGUUGCUUGACAAGUGUAGUCUAGCUUUUGUGAAUUCGUAU